CAAAAUUAGUACACACUAUAAUCGCAGUGAAAGUCCCUUUGCCUCACUCCCUCCCUAACUCCCUCCUUGCCCUUCACAAUUCUUCCCCCAAUACAAAAGCUUUCCACCGACUUUCAAAUCCUUUUAUCUGUCGAGAAUUCAAAAUCCAAAACCAAAACUCUCUCUCUCCGUUACUUUAAUUCCCAAACCCAAAAGAAUAUUUAUUUUUUAGGGUUUUUGAUCUCUCUUCUCCGCAACUUCAAAUCCUUCACUCCAAUUCUUUUCUUCUUCUUCAUCAACUCCAAUUAGGGUUAGGGUUAGGUUUUAUUUUUUUCUUUUUUCUUCGUUGUAUUUAUUAAAUUAAAGAAGCGCUAAUAAGAUGUAUGCUGAUCGAGUGGAGGCAGAGUCCAAGAGGUCAAUAAAGGAUCGACUCAAUGGGACUUCCAUUGCUGACACUCGCCGCCGACAAUUCACCGGCAAGAGGCAAAGGCAAGAUGACAAGUGGGAACAUGAUCUUUAUAAUGAAGAUGAACCUCAAAUUUCAAACAACAAGGUUGGGGCUCGAGAUCUCCGUUUAAAGCUUCAAAAGAAAAGUCUUGGACAAGCAUCUCAAAGAGGGUCUCUUUCAGGUGUUAGGGAUCUACGUGAUAAGUUAACUGGCCUGAAUGAUACACAACCAAUGAACAUUGAUCCCCCAAAGCGAAAGCUGGAGGCUCAGAGGCCUACUAGGAAGAGCGUAGCUGAGGUCCCUGCACCAGAGCUCAAAAAGGGCACCAACCCUGCUCCUAGAAAAAAGGCUGGUACAUCAGUGGAUGACUUUUUGAACUCUUUGGGUCUCGAAAAGUAUCUUAUUACUUUUCAAGCAGAGGAAGUUGACAUGACUGCCCUAGUACACAUGACUGAUGAUGACCUCAAGGCUCUAGGCAUACCAAUGGGUCCAAGAAAGAAGAUAAUUUUAGCUUUGGAAUCCAGAGCCUGACAUAAGAGAGGGGAGCCAGUUAUUUUCCGGAUGUGUUCCAUGUAUGAUUAUUUCGGUACAACAAUUGCAUGUUAGCAGGCCUGUUUUGAAUGCUCAAGUCUGCAUAACGUUUUUCCCCCCCUUUUUAAUGCCUGUAUUGCUGACAGUUGCUUAACCAAGUGCAUUAUUGAUGUCAAACCGAUGUGAAAUUGUUAGCUUGCAACAGAGGUAGAAGUUCUAAUGUAAUGAUUUACUGCUUUUUAUGAAGCUGUCUUUUGGACUUAA